AUGCGAGCCUUCGGCAUUCUGGCCGCACAGGGGGCUGGCGCCUUGGCUGGCGAGGCCUUCACUUGGCCAAACCAGCCUCCCUCGGACAUCCCCUUCGAGCGCAGCGAGCUUUUCACCGAGGUACAUUUCACCGGCCGAUACGCGGAAUACGGCGGGGCUGACACUUGGUACCCCAGCUGGGGCGCCGACGGGAACCUCUACACACCCUGGACGGAUGGCGUCGUGGGCGGCAUCCGUUCACACAGCGCCUGCUCAGGGCCUUCCUGCACGUCCACCACGGGCUUCGCCAAAGUUGUCGGAGAUGAUCCUUUCAACUUGAGUAUCCAGGACGUCGGCGUUUUCGAGUCUUCCACCUCACCGUACCAUGGCCGAUACCCCAGUGCUUCGCUGCACCACAACGGCAUCUGGUACUACGGAACCUAUGCCUUGGACAACGAGAACCACGAACCGGGUGAGCGCAGUGGCCAGGAGGUGGGCAGGUCCCACACCGCGGACUACUGCGGCAACUGGUGUAUCCAAGGGCCUUUCGUCGGUUUCCGCUGGAGUCGGGAUGCCGGAAAGACGUGGCAGGAGCCACGCAAGACUUUGGCAAACUACUCGGACACCCUCUUCGGUGAGGCGGCGCCCAACAACCACAGCAAGGUGAAGUUCGGGGCGCCGCACGUGGUGGACUUGGGGCAAAAUCUUGCACAUGAGCCCUACGGCGGAGCAAAGCCACGGCUGUACAUGGUGGGCCACGGGGCCUCCGCGCCCAUCUCACCCACAUCUUGGAUGCAGGGCGCCGAGGUGUACCUGGCAAGGGUAAGUCCCAGUGUGGACAGCAUCAAUGAUCUGGCGUCUUGGGAGUUCUAUGGGAACGGCUCUUGGCACCCGGGCGACGUGGCCCGAGCUGCGCCCCUGGUGUCGUGGGGCAACCGCACCGGCGUUACCACCAUGACCUACAUCCCAGCAGUGAAGAGGUACAUCAUGUGCGUUUCUACUCCGACCUUCAGCCCAUUUACGACGAGGCAGUUUGACACUUACUUUCUGGAGAGUGCCAACAUCACAGGGCCUUUCCGCUACAUCAGCUACCUGCGGGAGUUUGGACCCCAAGCCUAUUUUGUGAACAUUCCCAGCAAGUUCGUGGCAGCCUCAACUGGUUCGGAUGGCUCCUUGCGCCUCUUCCUGAGCUACUCUGCCAACUUCGCAUACCAUGGACAGCCAGCACCUGCGGGGAGCGGCUACCACUGGACGCUGCAAGAAGUGGAGCUGAGAUUGGGCACGGCGCAGAUCAACAUCUGA